AUGAAAUUUGGCUGGAAAAUUGUGGUGGGUACCAUAAUUGGAUUCCUUGGAGCAGCUUGUGGGGUUGUAGAAGGUGUUGGUGGAUGUGGUAUAUUUGUUGCUAUGCUUAAUUUGUUCAUUGGGUUUGAUACAAAAUCAGCGGCAGCAAUCUCAAAAUGUAUGAUCACUGGUGCAACAGCAAUUACAAAUUUCUACAAUAUAAAGCGAAGGUAUCCUACACUUGAACAACCGAUCAUCAACUAUGAACUUGGACUAUUGUUUAAACCAAUGUUGUUGCUUGGAACCAGUAUUGGAGUUGUACUCAAUGUGAUUUUUGCUGAAUGGAUGAUCACAGUUUUGCUAAUAACCGUGUUCACAGUUAUAUCAAUUAAAUCAUUCUUGAAAGGAGUUGAAACCUGGAAAAAGGAAACAAUAUCUAAGAUGGGAGCUGCUACACUCUUGGAAUCAGAUGGUGAGUCGAUUCAUGUUUGUGUUUUUAUCUUAGGAAUUGGAAGUCAAGCAGAAGAAUUCAGAUAUGAACCUGUGUCUUUAAUCAACACAACUCCUAACGAAACCAAGGAGCCGAAAAGAUCAAAACUAAGGAGGCUUUUACAGUUUGCAACAACUUUUGUGGUCAAAAAAAUUUCAGGAUAUGAUCAGUACUUCACCAGAUUGCUAAGCUAUUUGUCUGCUAUAAUUGUAUUAUAUCGCCUUCAAAUACCCAAUUCAUUUUGCUUUUAUGUAUUCAAUCUAGCUGAACUGAUGGAAAUCCUAACUGUUUUGUUCACAGAAUUACACAACAACCUGUUCAAUGCUAUAUUGGCUACUAAACAUGUUACAAGUACCAUAACCUGCAGAUUGAGCGCAUAUGAGGCUUUUAGGUUGUACAAAGGGCGUAGAAGGAUUGCGUCGAAGGUAGCUGUAGGCACAAACUGGCGAGUAUAUCAGUUGGUUCUAUAUUGUGCUAUUGGUAUGAAGGCUCGCGUAGUUGGUGGAUUGCUUGGUCUUGGAGGAGGAGCCAUUUUAGGUCCUCUAUUUUUGGACCUAGGAAUCCCCCACAGCCCACAGCCAGCUUUGCCAUGA